AUGCUGGCAUCGCAGAAUCCAAAGAGGCGUGACAGGAUGAACCAGAACUUCCGGAUGGUGUUCUUGUUUCAGGAUGAGCCAUGUUCUGGCUUCAUUGAUGAGUUCAACAAGCGACAGCCCAGAAUGCUGCAGUUUCUUAAAGACCUGGAGGAGAGUGCUGUUCAGCUGGACAGGAUGAAUAAGGGGGCAAAGAUCUCCAGUGUGGUAGGCAGCUCAGUGGGGGCAGUUGGAGGUGUGCUUUCCAUCGUUGGUUUGGCAUUAAUUCCUGUAACAGCUGGAGUGUCUCUAGGUCUGACAAUGACGGGGGUAGGGCUGGGAAUAACCAGUGGAGUCAACAGUGCUGUAACCACUGCUGCAGAGAUUGGAGUUAACUGCAAACAUCAAAAGAAAGCCAGUGAAGUUUUCCAGAGGUUCAUGGAGGAUGUGCAGAGUCUCCAGGGUUGUCUAGAGGUCACCCAAAGCCAAACAAGCCAGAUAGAUGUGGUUCUGGGAGUUGGCAAGAUGCUUUGUAAAGCUGGUGCUAUUGGAAAAGGUAUUGAUUCACUUGUUGAUGCUGCCUCAGCCCUUAAAAUGUUAAAAAGUGAAGAGCUGGUGACAAGUGCUGGCAGAGUGGCAGUGCAGGAAGGACAAGCAUUACGUAAUGUGCCCAGGGUGGCAGCAGAUCUCCCAGAUAUUGGACAGGCAGCUGUCAAAGGGCCUCUUGCCCUCUCCAAGUCAGCCAGGGCUGGUCUCAUUGGGCUCAAUGCUCUCUUCCUCGGCAUGGAUAUUGUCUUCAUCUGUAAAGACAGUAUCAGUCUGGCCAAAGGCAGUGAGACCGAAGUCUCACAGUUCAUCAGAGCCAGAGCUGCUCUUUGGAGCUCAGAGUUGGACUCAUGGCAGAAGAUUCAUGACUCACUGAGCAAAGGUCUGCAGCCAUCAGAGAAAAACAAAGCUAUCCUGGAGAUGCCAUUUUAUCCAGAGAGGAACAGAAACAGAAGUUCCAUCUGAUGAAGUGGAUGAAAAUCAAAAAAUUGAAGAGAAAAAAAUUCUGUAAUACAGUAGUGUUGGUGAACAGAGACAAUAGUCCUUUUUAUACAGAGAUAGCACUGUAAGAAGUCCCUCUUCAUGCCACCUUUGUAAUUUUACACAGAAGCAAACAACAGCAGCAUUAGGCUGCUCCAGAGUGGGAUUUUAGACAGCAUGCUGGCAUCGCAGAAUCCAAAGAGGCGUGACAGGUGUGGCAUAUAAUCAAACAAUGUUGGCCUCUAGUGUGACAUAUAACAUAUGUGUCAGCAGCAAUUUAUAAAAAGUAACAAUUACAUAACAUGGCAAUAAGAAUCAUUAACCAUCCCCUGUUUUAUGGUGGCUGAUCACGUCUGCUCCUUAGAGGGUAAGGAGCUCCCUGACCUCAUUGUUUUCCCAAUUUGUGGACAUUUUCAGCCGCUGUUCUUUGAGUUAGCUGCUAACUGUUACCACAAACUUUGUAAGUCUCCUAUGAUAGGUUGCAUGCAUGUAUGAUAGUUAUCAAAACUCACAUCCUGCCAGU